UCGAUAUAAUGUCAGAAUGAAAACUGAAUUAGUCAUAGUGGAGUAUAAUCAAAAGUUGACAUUGUAAAUAUAGGUAUAUUCGGGGAACAGACCUGAAUCUUUAAUGUCUUUCAGUAAAAAUCUCCGGAUUGCGUUCAAAUUCUACUGGAAAGCUGUUUUCAUAAUAUUUUACCCAGUAUGCUUACUGCCUAUUUUCCUCGUGAAUAAUAAUACCUCAAAUCGUUGUAUCUACGUAAUUGUUCUGAUGGCAGGACUCUGGAUAACAGAAGCACUCCCAAUUCCUAUUACGAGCCUUAUUCCCAUAGCAUUAUUUCCAUUAAUGGGAAUUCUUGAUUCCAAAGAAACCGCUGCUUGCUAUAUUACGGAACCCACUAUUUUAUUGAUUGCUGGUUAUAUGCUGGCUUUGGCAGUGGAAUCCAGCAAUUUGCAAAUGAGAAUUUCCCUUCAUAUCAUAAAACUGAUAGGUUUUAGUCCAAGAAAAUUACAUAUAGGAUUCACAUGUGUAACAAUGUUUAUAUCUAUGUGGAUAUCGAAUACAGCAACUACAGCUUUGAUGAUACCCAUUGUCUUCACAACACUCAAGGAACUAGAAGAACAUGGUGUGGGUAGAAUAUUUGAAGAGGAAGCGCGUCUGGAACAGGAUGAAGAAGGUCCAGAUGAAGUCAAUAGACGACCUACGAGAUCCACGAUGGGUUAUUUCAUCACAAUAGCAUAUGCCUCUACAAUAGGAGGUACCGGUUAUUUGACUGGCAAUGCAAGUAAUCUUGCAUACAAAGGCAUUUAUGAAACAGCGUUUCCUAACUUAAAGGUCAACAGCGGACAUUGGCUCUUGCUUUGUGUGCCUUUCAUGUUAAUCACAAUGUUUAUAACUUUCUUCUGGAUAGAGCUUUUAUACAUGGGCCUUUUCAGGCCGAAAUCAUCAGCUGCUGAACAAUUCAAAGCUUCUACGGAAGAAACGGUCGCUGCAAAAGCUUAUAUCGUUGAAAAACUGCAGCGCAUGGGAUGGAUAACUUUUCAUGAGAUCGCUGUAGCUACAUGUUUCCUGGCAGCAGUUAUAUUAUGGGUUUUGAGAGAACCACAAUUCUUUCCUGGUUGGGCAGACUUUUGGGUACCUUAUGACACUACGAUAAAAGAUGCAACUGCUGGGGUGGCCAUUUUAUUGAUUUUGUUCCUGGUACCUAGAACUACCAGAUGCUGUUAUACAUUCAGUUCAGAUGAGGAGAAAAAACCUAACAGUCAGUCAAACGGAUUGCUUACAUGGAAAUAUUCCUUGAGAAGGAUACCGUGGGCCUUGAUAUUCGUCAUCGGGGCAGGUUUUUCUAUCGCUCAAGGUAGCCACAAUAGUGGUUUAAGCGAGAGAAUGACUAGAGAUUUAGAAGGGAUGGAAACAUAUUCUCCAUUUGGAGUACUCGCUGUUGCAGCACUUGCGGCGACCCUUAUGACGCAGCUUACAACCAAUGUCGCCGUAUCUGGGAUGCUAAUACCAAUUUUGGCAACCAUUGCAAAGGCAACAGAUGUUCACCCCCAAUAUAUCAUGUGGUCUUCCACCAUCGCAUGCUCCUUCGCCUACCUGUUUCCUGUUUCAACUCCACCAAAUGCUCUGGUUGCUAAUUAUAUCAAUAUACCAACGACAGAAAUGAUGAAGGUGGGAUUUGGAACUGCAAUAAUAUCUUAUAUGGUGUUACUUAUGAUUUUCGCAGGAUUUUUGCCAUUUUUGAUAGAGAUUGAUAAAUUUCCGCUCGAUGCAUAUAUGGAACUAGAUCCUGGAGUAUCAACAACUGUGAAAGAGUAAUAUUACCAACCCACUUUCUCUCCAUAAGCAUGCGACAAUUAUAAAUUUUUCUGAUUUAUAAUCAUAGAGAGUAGGUAUUUUUCAUUCAAUAUGAUUGUAUAAAGAAUUAUACAUAUAAUAUGAUUAUCUACAUGCUGUCUUUUGUAGAGGACGAACUCAGGAUUAACAAAAAAAGAAUUUAUUCAUAUAAUCCCCCCUAGGCUCGAUUCAUCAAAGGAAGGGAUAUAAACUUCUCACUUUAUAUUGAUUUAAUAUUUAAUAGUAUGUUCAACAGUUAUUAAAUUAAGCACCUUUUCGGUAAACAAUGAUUUAAUUCUUAAACCACGUUUAAGCUUUUAAGCAUAUAGAAUUUCUGUGAACUAUACGUAGUUUAAGAAGUCAAUCGUUGUAUACUGAAACGAAUCACACGAACAUAAAUGCUGGCCAGUUCAAAAGUUUAUAUUUUUGUGAA